UUGAACACUUAGGCAAUCGGGAUGUUUUAGUUUUUGACUUUCUUUAUGGGAUCUGCUGACUCAUUCUGGAAAUUUUGUGAAGCCCUCGUAAAAGAAAAGAAAAAAAAAAAACCCUUCGGCCUCUUGGGAUCAUUGUGCCAGAGCACCUUGACCUUCCUUCAAAAAUUUCUCUUUGAGUUUAUGAGUUUAUGAUAAAAAAUACUGAAAAAGGACACAUGUAUAAGGCACACAGAGGCUGGAUUUCUUUGUAUGGCCUUGUGCAAAAUGCAGUGUUGGGGGGUUUAAAUCAGGAUUUGGUGUCAGUCCAUAUUUAACAUACAGCAUCAGAGUGGUGAUUGCUCGGUAGUGAUUGCACAGGACUGCAUUAUAGGAUUGAUGGUUUACAUGGGGCAGCAACUAACACGGCAGGUAGCUCUGGUUCCUCGCAUCUCUUGGGCUGUUGGCUCAGAUGCAGCUCAGUCUUUGUAGAUUUACAUGAUCUCCCCAUGUUCGUGUGGGUUUCCUCCCACAGUCCAAAGACGUAUUUUAAGUGAAUUGGUGCGUCCAAAUUGCUUGUAGUAUGUGUGUAGUAUUAUGUUAAAUUGCUCUGAUAUAUAAAUACGUAAGUGACUGUACGAAAUACAGCAUACCUAGCAUUAUUCGUCGUUUUGAAGAAACAUCAGAUAAAAGAACAAGUGUAAAUAUGAACUAGGCAGAGAUUUGUUUGGACUUUGAACUUUGAACCUGGGUGCAAUCAUAAAAAAAGGCAAUCAGGUACUUUAAAAGAGAAUUCUUUCCGUUCUUCAUUCAUAUUGAUUCCUGUCUACGAAAAACAUGCGCAUGGUGGCAUCGCUCCCAGUGCUUCAGCGCAUGAGACCCUGCUGAUCUUCACAGGAAUUUGCACCUCUUCACAGAGCUUCGUGCGGAGCUGAAGAAACAUGGUCCCAGAAGGGAAGCUAUUAUCAGUGCUCAUGCUGGUUAUCAGCUGUGUCGGUUUUGGGCAGACGGGCAAACUGCUGGUGCUACCCAUGGACGGCAGCCACUGGAUAGGUGUGAAGGCUUUAGCGGAGGAGAUGGCCCAGCGGGGCCAUGAUGUGGUAGUGGUGAUCCCGGAAGUCAGUAUACUCCUGGGACCCAGCAAGAAUUGUACCACCAAGGCGUUCAGCGUACCCUACACCAAGGAUUUAAUAGAGAACAUGAUGAAUAAUGACCUGAUGAUAUUGAACAACGAACAGACUUUCCUAGAGACGACAAUUUUUUUAUUGAAUGCCAUAAGCAACUAUAACAAUAUUUUGAAAGUCACAGGUGAGAGCCUUUUCUACAACCAAGAACUUAUGUCAUACCUAAGGGGAAAGCAGUUUGACGCCUUGCUAACAGACCCAGCAUGGCCCAUUGGCCCAAUCUUAGGAGAACACCUUGAAGUUCCUUCUGUCUACAUGCUGCGGGGGUUGCCAUGUGGCCUUGAUUUUAAAGUCACCGCCUGUCCUGCUCCACCCUCUUUCGUGCCCAGGAUCUUCACCCAUUACUCUGAUCGCAUGACAUUCCCCCAACGGACGAUCAACAUCUUGGUUAGCCUGGUGGAGCCUCUCUUAUGCAAGUUCGUGUGUAGCAUCUUGGACGAGCUAGCGACCCGCUUCCUCCAGAGGGAAGUGACCAUAGCGGAGAUCUUCAAGAAUGCCUCCGUGUGGCUGACAAGGCUCGACUACACUUUUGAGUACCCACGCCCCCUCAUGCCCAAUAUGGUGAUGAUAGGAGGAAUCCAUUGUGCAGUGAGAAAUGCCCUACCACAGGAGCUGGAGACCUUCGUGAACAAGUCUGGGGAUCAUGGCUUUGUGGUCUUCACUCUGGGCUCCAUGGUGUCCCAGAUCCCCGAAGAAAAGGCCCAGCUGUUCUUGGAGGCCUUCCGGCAGAUCCCCCAAAGAGUUCUGUGGCGGUACACAGGGCCGACACCCGCCAACCUCCCUCAAAAUGUGAAGCUGAUGAAGUGGCUGCCGCAGAAUGAUCUCUUGGGUCACCCCAAGGCCAGAGCUUUCAUGACCCAUGGUGGCACGCAUGGGCUCUACGAGGGCAUCUGCAACGGUGUUCCCAUGGUGAUGAUGCCACUAUUUGGUGACCAGGGAGACAAUGUACAGCGCAUGGUGACCCGUGGUGUUGGCGAGGUCCUCAACAUCCACUAUACCACCUCAGAAGAAGUAGUCUGGGCCCUGAACAAGGUCAUCAAUGACACAAGUUAUAAGGAGAAAAUACAGAAGCUGUCGGCGAUACACAAAGAUCGGCCCAUUGAACCCCUGGACCUAGCGGUGCACUGGACAGAGUUUGUCAUGCGACACAAAGGCGCCGAGCACCUGAGGCCUGCCGCACACAACCUCAACUGGUUCCAGUACCACUCCCUGGACGUCAUCGGCCUGCUCCUGUCCGUAGUUGCGAUCGUUAUUGCGGUGACCGUUAAAAGCUGCACGUUUUGCUUCCGGAAGUGCUGCCGGAGGAAAACUCAGAAGAAGAAGAAGGAGUGAACAUAGAAAAAUUUAUGUGAAAGAAAGAAACGCACUUGACUGUGUGUUGGGGGAAUGCGGGAGGGAGGUUAAUACGUAGGAGCGAAGGCCGAAGCAAAACUACAUGGUCGAUCCACUAAUGACGUGGAUAGAUUUUAUAGCACUGCAAGCAUCCUAAGAAAAAGUAGUAUAUGAAUUUUGAAAAAAA